AUGGCUCGUGCCAUAGUCGUGUUAUUGCUGCAAUUGGCAGUUUGCCAAGCGAACACCUAUAAUCGGCAGCAAACCUAUGCUCCUAGCACAUUACAAUGCCGAGUCAACGAUCCGCUCUCGUGUAAUCAAGCCAAGCACGAGGUCUGCAUUUUUAUCAAUAGCCAAUAUCGAUGUGAAUGCCCGACGGGUGUAAUGCGACUAGGUGAUGGUCGAUGUCUUUGGGUAAAUGAAUGUGCUCGACCAUCACUGAAUACCUGCCAUAAGGAUGCCAUGUGUGUCGACAAGGAAGAGGGGUACACUUGUGAGUGUAAACCAGGAUUUGCCGAUGUUUCACAAGAUCGUACGAAUAAGCCUGGACGAAUAUGCCAGAAAACCAGCAACGAAUGCAAUCAGAAAGAAACAUACGGUGUUGACUGUGACCCCAACGCUGCUUGUGUGGAUACCCCAGAAGGAUUCCAAUGUGUUUGCCAGCCAGGAUUUGCUGAUGUUUCAUCUUCCGUUAGCAAACUGCCAGGAAGAAAGUGCGUCGAAGUAGUGAACGAAUGCACCACUGGCAAAGCUGACUGCUCCUGCAAUGCUGACUGUUUUGACCGAGCCGAAGGCUACGAGUGCAAAUGUCGUCCUGGAUUCGUUGACGCUUCGCCAGACGUCGUACAUUAUCCUGGAAGAGUCUGUAAUAAGCCGAAGUCGCCAGAGCAUUAUGGGCAGACUAGCCGACAGCCUCAAUGCACUAGUUCUGCACAAUGUGGAGCGAAUGAAGAAUGUCGUUUCAAUGCUAAAGGUGAAAUGGUAUGUCAGUGUAAAAGAGGCUCUGUUCAACAGCGUGACGGACAAUGUAAAGUGUUCUCACAAUGUGAACGCAAUAAUGAAUGCGAUAGAAAUGCCAUAUGUUCGAACACAUAUGAUGGUUUCCGAUGUCAAUGCAAGGCUGGUUACAUCGAUGUCUCACCGGAUCCAUAUCACCUACCUGGACGAAAAUGCCAACAGAUAGUCAACGAGUGCGCUGACGGAACAGCUGAUUGUUCACCGUAUGCAGAAUGCAUUGAUCUACAGCAAGGCUACAUGUGCAAAUGUAAACAAGGAUAUACGGAUGUCUCAUCGAGGUAUAAUCUGCAGCCAGGAAGGAGAUGCUCACAAGGAGCCAAUCAAUGCUCGGAUCCAACGCUCAACUCUUGUGAUCAAAAUGCGGAUUGUGUCCAAUUGCCUGAUGGUUACACAUGCAAAUGCUUUGCUGGAUAUGUUGAUGUCUCAACAAAUGCAAAUCUCCCACCUGGACGAGUCUGCACGCUCAGCACUGUUUGCCCUGUUCAAGCGACUGAUUUGGUAUUUUUGAUUGAUGGCUCGGGAUCGAUCGGAUCAUAUAUAUUCCAGACUGAGGUACUGAGAUUCCUCAACGAGUUCACUGAACUUUUCGAUAUUGCUCCUGACAAGACUCGCGUAUCCGUAGUACAGUACUCCGAUCAAAUCAGACAUGAGUUCGGCUUGGAUGACUAUAAGGACAGCAAAUCACUCCAUGAGGCCAUUAAAGGAAUUGACUACCUUACCGGACUUACCCGUACUGGUGCCGCUAUUGAGCAUGUGGCCACAGAGGCCUUCAGCGAAAGACGGGGUGCUCGCCCAAUUUCCGAUCGGGUUGCCAGAGUUUGCAUCGUAAUCACUGAUGGUAGAAGUCAGGACAAUGUCACGAUCCCAGCUAUGAACGCACGUCGCCAAAAUAUCCAACUUUUCGCAGUGGGGGUCACUAACCACGUUCUUCAAGCUGAACUAGAAGAGAUAACUGGCGCGAAGGACCGAACCUUCCAUGUGAAUGCUUUCGAAGAUUUGAAUACAAGAUUGAGGAGUGCUAUACAGAAGGUUACCUGUCCUCAAACAGAGGUAGAACCGGCGAAACCAGCUGCGGAAGGAUCAUGCGAUGCCAAGUCGAACACAGGCUGCGAUCGUGCUUUAAACCUCGUUUGCAUGGUAAAGGAUGGCAAACCAGCUUGUGUCUGUCCUGAAGGAUUUGAAAUGCAUCCUGUCACAAAGAUCUGCGGUGGCGACGUUUGCAACCCUGAAAUUGCCACAUCGUGCCCGGACCCAGAGAUCUGUGAGAAAACCCCGUAUGGAAAUUGGCGUUGCUCUUGCCCGGCUGAUCUCGGAUGGAGAGAUCAACAUACUGGAGCUUGCAAGAUUGGCACUCGUCCAGAGCCAACCGCGGAAUCCACCGAUGAAUGCAAUCCUUCGCAACAAAAUAGCUGCGGACUCAAUGCUAAGUGUACUCGAGGACCUGGUGGAGAGUUUGUAUGCCAGUGCAAAGACGGCUAUGUACGAAAUGCCAAAUCGGACAAAUGCCAAUUGCCCGGCACUUGCGAUCCAUCAAUUCCGAAUUCCUGCGACGCCAGGAAGAAGGAGGUGUGCUUGCGCGGGUCAAAUGGUGAAUACACGUGCCAGUGUGACGCCAGCAAAUUCUACAAGAGACAUCCAGUCACUGAGAUUUGUUUGAUCGAUGAAUGCUCUGCGGGAACACAUGAUUGUGAUGCGAAUGCUAGAUGUACAGAUACAGAUGAAUCGUUUAUCUGUACUUGUAAUCCAGGAUUCCUCGAUAAAUCGCCAGAUCAGACAAGGAAACCGGGACGUGUAUGCACACAACUUCGCAAUGAAUGCCAAGAAAAUCGCCAUAAUUGCUCUGCAAACGCUGACUGCAUCGAUCUUGCUGAUGGUUUCUUGUGCAGAUGCAAGGAAGGAUUUGUAGAUGUAUCACCAAACAUCCAAAAAUUUGCCGGAUUGGAAUGUCGCGCUCUAGUCGAUGAAUGUGCAUCGAAAACUACCAACACAUGCCACGAGCAUGCAAUUUGUAUAGACACUCGUGAUGCAUAUAAAUGUCAGUGUAAGGAAGGCUAUGUUGACCACGACGAGCUGAGAAAUCCAGGACGAGAUUGCCGAAAGAUAAACCAAAUUUGCGAGUCUGGUCGUCACGAUUGCGAUAAGAAUGCCCAGUGUAUUGAACGAGGAGCCAAUGACUACGAAUGCGUUUGCAAACCAGGAUUUCUCGAUAGGAGUCCACUUCCACAUAGAUCUGGGCGCAAAUGUCUUGAACGCAUCUGCUUGGACGAUAAGAAGCACGAUUGUCAUGUUGCUGCCGUCUGUGAAGAAAUCGACGGUCCCGAAAAGUACACUUGCAAAUGCCGUGAUGGCUAUGUGGACGCCAAUAAAAAUAAGCCAGGACGUGACUGCCGUGAGCUCGUCAACGAGUGUCUGGACGCAUCGUUGAACGAUUGCGAUCCGGCCGCUACCUGCAAGGAUACCCCUGAUGGUUACGAAUGUGUCUGCCCUAUUGGAAGUCGCGACAUCUCCAAGGAUCCAGCCAAGCCUGGCAGAAAUUGCUUCGGGCUCGUGAACGAAUGUCUAAUGCCUCAUUUGAAUAACUGCUCACGAUUUGCUGAUUGUAUAGAUAAGGAAGAAGGAUAUGAGUGCAAAUGCAAGAAUGAUUACCAUGACCAGAAUCCAGCCAAUCCAGGAACAAACUGUAAAUUCAUCAUCAACGAAUGCCUAGCCGAAAAUCUGAAUGAUUGUGAUAAACACGCUGAAUGCAUUGACACGAUUGACGGCUACGAAUGCAGAUGCAAAGCUCCAUUUAGAGAUGAGAUGCCCGAAAGUCCCGGACGAGUAUGCAGAUUUAACGAAUGUGCCAGACCGGAGGAUAACGAAUGCGAUGAGAAUGCUGAUUGUAUUGACACGGAUGAUAGCUAUAUCUGCCAGUGCAAGACAGGAUUCUUCGAUGAAAAUACGGAUCCAACAAAGACCGGACGAGUUUGCAUUGCAUUAGGCUUGGUUAUCGAUCGACCACAAGAAACCGAGAAGACCACCCUAUCGCCAAAUCUGGUACCAUGUGGCAACACCCAUUGCAAAGUCGAUCUCCAUGAGGUUUGCAUUGGUGGUGCAAAAUGCGGUUGCCGACCUGGAGAAGCUCGCGCUAGUCCCAGUGAUAAGUGUGUACCUGUCACAGAGGUCCCCAUUGUUAUCCGAGUUAUCGAUUACGAUGGUGAACCGCUACAGUACUCCACUGACUACAGUAAGCCUACUAGUCCAGAGCAUGUACAGAUUGUUGACACUGCUGUAAAAGGACUUGGAGAAGUGUUCAAACAUACCGACAUCGCACCACGUUACGUUACUACUGAUGUAAAUUUCAUCACAAAUCCAAAGGUUGAAAAUAGCACCUGGGAUCGUGGACUUUUGAUAAACGGAUCGGUGAAACUAUCAGGAUCAGAAGAUGCUGACAAAUGCAAAUUGUUCAAACAAUUCGUUGAUAGGGUAAACUCGGCUGGAGGACAAAUUGACCGAUUAAAAGUGGCCGACGACAUUGCUCUACUUGAUCCUUGCAGAGUGGAAGAUCAAAGAACUUACGGGAUCGCUUGCGGCACCUCAUUCUGUAAUGAAGCGCUCGGUGAAGAAUGUAUUGCUGGAAAACUCUGCGGUUGUCCUAAGGGACAGAAACGAAAGGACGCUCAAAGUCCUUGCCGAGUAGUGGAGUCCUUCAACCUGCCGCUGUAUGUGAUUCGUGAUGACGACAAAGAAAUCAGAUUCACACCGAAUAUCGCUAAUCCUAGAGAUGAGCAACAUAGAAAUCUUGUGGGAAGAUUCGAGACGGGAGUUGCUGAAAGUUAUAACAACACUCCACUGCAAAGCGGAUUCAUCACAGCAGAAGUAAAUGACAUCGAAGAACCAUCGGCCCGAAACGCGUCCUGGAAACCUGGAAUCCUAUACAAUUUCACGUCACAUUUCGUCCGUGGAUCUGUUGGUGAACCAUCUACCGUAUUCACUGAGCUGAUUAACUUCAUCAAGCACAAAAAUGAUCAUGAGGUCGGCACAUCCAAGCUUUACAUCUCACCUUAUCAACUGAAUCCAUUCUCAUCAUGCUAUGCCAGUGACUGCCACCCAAAUGCUAUCUGUACCCCGGUUGGAAAGGGAUACACUUGCGCUUGUCCAUCCGGCUAUCGUGAUCUCGAUCCUGCUCAUCCUGGACGAAAAUGUCUUUCAUAUGUUGGAGUAAACGAAUGUGAAAAGCCGGAGCUGAACGAGUGCUCUCCAGAUGCUCGUUGUAUCGAUCUCGAUUAUCUGUAUAAAUGCGAAUGUGUUCCCCCAUAUGUAAACGCAGCACCUGAAGGAGCUAUCCCUGGAUCAGUGUGCACCAUUGACUACUGUUCGGAUGUUCACUUCUGUCCGAUAAAUUCCACUUGUAAAAAUGUUGAUGACCAGGCAAGAUGCGAUUGCAAUCCUGGUUUUGUAGAUCUGAGAAAAUCUGAUAGGUUGUCCGAGGCUGGUCUGGGUGAUACGAUCUGCCUACGUCACUCAGAUGUCAACGAAUGCGCUCUGGGGCUACACAAUUGCAGUGCGGCCGCGAUUUGUACUGAUACUAAAACCGGUUACGAUUGUCGAUGCCCUGAAGGCUACACCGACGGUAAUCCAUCGGAGCCUGGACGAGUCUGCGCAGCUUUGCUCUGCGGUUUGUGUAAUGGACAUGGAGAUUGUAUACAUGAUAGCGUCACGAAUAAUGUCACUUGCUCAUGUGUUGAUGGCUACUCGGGACAAUUUUGCGAGCUUGCUCCAUCGAAUGCUGGUCUCAUUCUGAUGACCAUUCUCGCUCUGCUUUUCCUUCUUUUGACUCUGCUAUGCUGCCUUUACCUAUGCGCCAGAUGCCGCUGCUUCGGUGGACGAGGUGUUAGUGAAGGAAGCGCAAGUGGACGAGAAAUACUUGGUUCUGACUAUUACACAAUUCCUCGCGCUAAGCUCAAGCCUGGAUACGGCGGGCGAGAAUUGCAGGAUGAAGUGAUGGCUCAAGAGCAUGCUGGUGCCCUGGGUGCUUAUCUGGACGAUGGUGCGUCGAUUUCCUCUGGCGGUUCGUUGGAAGAAGUUGAACGGCGGGUUACCACCGAUGUGACGACGCGCGAGAUUCGCACCACUACAGUACGCGACGAGAUGGGUAAUGUGGUUAGUCAGAGCCAGACCGUGUCCCAUGGUGGACCGCUGGAGACAGACACAGAGCAGUACGCCAUGACAUCGUCUGAUCACUUCCGCCAUGCCAGUUCGGCUGGCGCAGCAGCUGCUGGAGGAGCUGUUAUGGGAAGUGCAAUGGCUGCUGGAGGGCAUAUGAGAGAGGGCUCGCGCGGUGACAUGUACGAGUCGGACUCAGAGGCAUCCGAUGCCGGUCGCGCCACGUACGAUCGUGUGACGCGAGUCGCGCAAUCGCACGAUUUCAUGCCAAGUAGCGACCCACGAUUAGGCACCGAGCGACGACGAAACGAAGUGCUCACAACGACCACGGCAGAAGAAGUGAACUACUUCUAAAUGCAUAUCUUUGUUGUUUUGCCAUCCUUGCUAUGCGCUCAUUGUCAAUUGUCAUUUGCUGCCAGUCAUUUGUCAUUUUAUUACAUGUCACUUGUCACACAUUUAGCGCUUAUUACAUACUAGUACUUCUGUUUGCAUUCCACAGUGUAGAAAAUUCCCCCUGAGAAAAUCUCUAGCAAAACUUUUCCUCUUGCCCCAAAUUUAUGAUCUUUCAGUUAUAGUAUUUUCCAUUUGAGACCCUAUUUAUGCCCUGCAUACUGUAACUGCCCAAUCCUUUGCAUCGGUGCUCGACUAACUUGCCUUCUCUUAUCAGUCACUUACUACUUAAUCAAACCAAUUGUUGAUCUGAUUUGCAUGUCACUUAGUUUCACUAGCUUGUAAGUAUUUUUUGUUAUUUUGUCGUAGAGAUAGUGUAAGAGUGAAAAAUGACUAGAAAUAUGUGUGCGAAUUGAGAAUUUACCAUUGAACCUGCCGUUCGAGUCACUUUCGCCAUUAUGCUCAUGUUAU